AUGAAAUAUUUAUUUAUUUAUGCCACGUUUUUGGUAAGUGUAUAUUGUUUUUAUGAUUUUAUUCCUGAUGAUAUUAUAACAUUCACAUUAACUGCAAAUUAAGAGGAUGUAUUAUUAGAGAAUAUAACUGAACCAACUUUAAUAAAAGGAGCAUAUUAAGUUAAUCAUCAUAAAGAUGUGAUUGAUUUCUCAGUUAAAACUCCAACUGGAAGAACCAUUUAUUCUAAAAUGGCAACAAAUAAAGGAAAUUUCACUGUUUAAGCUAAUGAAAUUGGUUUGUAUUAAAUAAUAUUUAACAAUAAAAAAAAGGCUAAUUAAUUACUUACUUAUGCAGUGGAUGUUGUUAAAGAAAAAGAGGACAAAAUCAAAUCUACAGAUAUUGACCCAUUAGAAUUAGAUAUAGAUUAUAUACAUAUAGGACUUUAAGAAUUAUAUUAUGAUCAUAAAUUUUAAUAAAUCAGAUAUGAAUCAUCAACAUAAUAAGUUAAAGAAGCCAAUAAAAAAAUAUAUGCUUUUACAGUUAUUGAAACUAUAUUCAUUGUUUUAGUUACAAUUUGGCAGAUUUGGUAUAUUAAGAGAUUAUAUAACAAAAGAUCACCAUUACUCUUAUGA